AUUAAAUUCUCUGUCUGAAGAUGGGAACGCCUUGGCUUGCCCUUCUGGCUAUGGAUGGACUGUUUACUCUCUUCUCUCUCUCCUUUUAAUAUAUUUGUUCUGCUGGGUUAAUCCUUAUAAUUAAAGAUUACUACCUUUUAAUCUUGGACAUGGUCUUUUGUCUACCUCACAUCCCCCACCUUUCCCUCACCCAUUACUCGGUGGGUUUUGUUACCUCCCACUUUCAUCUUGUGGGAGAUUGUCAAAUUUAAAGCUUUCUUCUUCCCCUCACUUCCAUUUAGGGAUUACUUCUUGGGUUUUCUUCUCAGAUCCUUCUUCAUAGAUCGGACCCUUUUUUCCCCUUUUCAAAUUUCAAAUUUCCCAUCUCUUUUGGGUAUAUCAAAGGGUAAAAGGAUUUGCCUUUUGACUUCUUCAAUCUGAAUUUUGAACUAACCUUAUCGGCGACUUCGGCGAUGAUGGUUCUUCUAAUCACGCCAAAAUUUAUGGAUAUAAGUUGAGCGGCCUUGAUUUCUCCGCCUUCAUCAGUGCUAUUUUCUAGAUUCAAUCAAGUGUAUGUGGCUUGGUUUGUUGUCUGGAAAACUUUGUUGACCUGGCUCAUAUUUGAUAGGGAAAUUUACAUUUUCUCUAAUGCAAGGGCAAAGGAGUAGUGUUGGUUCUUUGUCAGAAACAAUAAACUUUGAACAUGGAUCUUCAUCAAAUAAUCCGGGUAACCAACCAGUUUACUGGAAUAACAUGUGGAAUCCAGCAGAAAACCGAAUACAAGAUUAUUUAUUACCUACUUCUGAUAUAAAUUCUGGAUAUGUAAGCUCUGUGAGCCAUGAACAACGAAGUUUGAGCAGAUGGAGCUUGGGUGAACCUAGCUCUUGUGAUAUGCAAACUGAGGUGCUGCCUGACGAGCAGAAAGCUGAAAUUGGAUGGUCUUCACUGACUCGUGAUGCAGAUGGUCCUGUUACCGAAAAUCGACUCUGUGAGUCAUCAAAUAAUCCUUCACUGGGUCAUGUGAAUUUGAGCCCGCUGAUUAUACAAAAUUCUAAUUCUAAUUCUAAUGCGAUUCCUCAUAAUCUCAACCUAAAUGCAAGUUUUGCUAGUCAUGGAGGUGACAAUAGCAGAGUUAAUGAAGGUACUAACGUGUAUAAAUCUAGUGGAUCAGAAGAAGGGAGGAUUUUAUGUUCUAGUACAUCUGAUCCUCUUUUACUUCCUUCCGGAAAUAGUGGACUUCCGGUGGUUGCAAAUGACAGUAGAGCAGGCUCUUCCUUGGAUGGUCGUCGUGCACCCUGCAAAAGAAAAUCUAUUGAAGGAAGUGUUGCGCAGUCCUCUUUAAGUGGAAGCAGUAACUACUCGCAGCAUAUUGAAAGUGGUUCUGAGCCCCAUCUUCCAGUGUUCCCUGGUCGAUACAACACAGGCAGUAGGUUAAGCAUACCUCCUGCACCAGCACGAAUGAAUCAGGCACCUGUACGAGGUGCAGGUGAACUGACUUCCAACAACUUCUCUGAGUCGAUUGUUGCGGAAAGCUCAGACAGUUCUCAGAGAAACUAUCGUAUAAGGAUUAGUUCAUCAAAUGCACAAGAUUCUUUUGCAUCAGCAGGCACUGCUGUUAGGCAUCCUGGGCCGCCAUCUUCCCAGCUGCCAGCAAGACUUCUACCUACUGAGCAUGUAUUAGACUUGAGGCCAGCCCCAGCUGUAGACAAUGUAUCAGCUCAAGGUCAGCCAAUUAUGAUACACGUGCCUGCUUUACCUCGAAGUCUGCAACCAUAUAGGUGGAAUGGGAGCUCUACUUCAAGAAGUGGCAGUUCAUCAACUUCUACAGGAGAGAGGCAGGUGGUGCAACGUGAAGAGGUGAGACCAAGCAACAUGGGAAGAAAUGUAUCCGAACAUCCUAUGUUUGUCCCAGCAAAUGAGCUGAGGAAUUUGGUUCGAAAUCCAUCAAAUAGAGGUUUAGCAUCUUCAAACCUGGCCAUUCCUGGAAAUGUUGCUUCUACAUCCAGGAUUGGUUCAAGUUCAGGGGUCCAUCCCUCUUCUGGACCUUGGAUUCCUCCUGAGAGUUCUCCAACACAGUUUCCCAGGAGGUUAACAGAAUAUGUUCGUAGGCAGCUAUUUGCUUCUGCUACAAAUGAAUCUGGAGGAAGGACAAGUAAUUAUUCACAGCGAUCAGGUUCUACUUCUGCCCAGGAUAUGGUUCUUUCAUCUGGAUCUGGCCGCCGGGGGCACCAUUUAUUGCAACCAAGGUCUGCGUUAUGGAUGGAAAGAAGAGGUGACGGUGGACUUGGUCUUCCCUAUUCAUUACGAACUUUGGCAACUUCUGGUGAAGGAAGCGACAAUAAUAGACUUGUAUCUGAGCACAUUCGCAAUGUCUUGGGGCUUGUUCGCAGGGGUGAAAGCUUACGGGUUGAGGAUGUGAUGAUCCUGGACCAGUCACUAUUUUUUGGGAUGGCUGAUAUUUAUGAUAGGCACAGGGAUAUGCGUCUCGAUGUUGAUAACAUGUCAUAUGAGGAAUUGUUGGCUUUGGAAGAGCGUAUUGGGAAUGUCAACACAGGACUAAAUGAAGAGACGAUUGUUGCACGACUGAAACAAAAGAAGCAUGUGAAUGCUGUUGACUCACAGGUGGAGGAAGAACCAUGCUGUGUUUGUCAGGAGGAAUACGUCGAAGGAGAAGACAUCGGAACAUUGGAAUGCGGGCACGACUUCCACACAGCUUGUAUUAAGCAGUGGCUGAUGCAAAAGAAUCUGUGUCCCAUAUGCAAAACAACUGGUUUAGCAAGCCGAGAAUGA